AUGGAUAUUCUAAACACACUAUUAGAUGUCGAAAAUAUUGAAGACGUCACUUUAGAUACUUCUCAAGAUAAACAGGACAUAUAUAAGUCAUUUAUUGAUAACACAAAUGAGUUUACAAAAAGUCAUCCAUCUUUGAACAAUGGGCAUACUCUGACAAAAGAUCUUACAGCUUUACAAAAUAAGGAAACACAAGUCAAUGAAUCAAUUGAAAAUGUUAUUCCCGAACUACAGGCAUAUUUGAAGAAUUUUAAUUCACAACUCUCUGAUUUCACUACCGAAUUAAGAUUUAUUAGACAUAAAUCUGCAGAAUUGAAGAAUCUAUUGGAUAAUAACUCUCGAAAACUUUCAAAAAUUAGCCCACUAGUAAAUGAUUUAAUAAUUCCUCCAAAAAUUAUAAAAUCUAUCAUACAUGAUAAAAUAACAUCAUCGUGGCAGGAUAAUAUAUUAUUUAUUAAGGAUAAGGAAGAAAUAUACGCCAAGUAUGAAAAGGAAAGGAGUAAUUCCGAAUCAAACCAUGAUAGUAAUUCUAGUGUGACUAUAUUACCAAAGGAUUUUGAUAACCUAUGUGAAUUAUUAGAAAUAUUGAAAAAUAUUAUUCUCGAGAGAUCUAAAAAAUUUAUAAUAUCAAGGAUUAAACUUCUCAGAAGUGGACGCCCCAUCCCGUCGCAACGUGUACAGCAACAAAUGCUACAUGUGAAACAGAUAUAUUCAUUUAUUAUUGAAAAUAACUAUUCAUUAGCAUUGGAAAUUCGUCAAGCGUACGCAUACACCAUGAAAUGGUAUUACAAAGAGUAUUUUGGUCGUUACAUUAGAUCUCUAACGAUUUUGCAAUUUAAGAAUAUUGACACUCAGUAUUCGUUAGGAAAUGUGUUGAUCAAUAGUAGCAACGCUAAUGGUGGAGGCAGUUAUGCAUCAACGCUUUUUAGUAACUAUCUUGGUUCAAAUUUUGCUACCACGGUUACAAAUGAUAUGAUAAACGAAUAUUUUCAAAUAUUAAAAAGGUUGACAAUUUUAACACAGGAGGACAAUACAGUGAUGGUCUCGCAAAUAGCAGAACAUAACAACAAUGUUAACUUUAUAGAGAUAGGUUUCAAAAAUUUAAAUUUGGGAAUUCUAGAUAAUUUCACUGUUGAAUUUAAUUUUAUGAAGAACUUUUUUCAAAUUUCAGAUAAUGUCGCAGAAAUACAUGGUCUAUUGGAACAAAUAUUUAAACCAACUUUUGAGAAGGCUUUAGUGUACACAGAAAAUGUAUUAAUUAACCAAUAUGUUUAUGAUAUAUUUGGUGUGCUGAUUAUCAUUAGGGUAGCAAAUCAACUGAUCAUUGAGAGUAGAAAGAGGUCUAUCGCAGCAAUCGAAGAUUACAUGGAGGAUCAAUUAAUGCUCUUGUGGCCAAAAUUUCAGCAGUUAAUUGACUGGCAAGUCGAGUCAUUGAAUACAGUUGAUGUUAGCCAACUUAUACUGAAGAAAGAAACGAUUUAUUCUUCGCCGAAUGAUUUGACAAUUAGUUUUGCUUAUUUUCUUAAAAGUUUAUUAAUACUCACAACAUCUGCAGUACCUGAAAAUGCCAAUUCCAGUCGUGAGAGUUUAGCCACCAUUGAAGGAGACGAAUCAGUUACAAAUAUAGAUACUAUUGAGCAAGGUGCAGACGAAACAUCAGAACCUUUGUACAACUCAAUAAUAAGAAUACGAAACGUAUUCGAGAUAAUUAUAACAAAGUUUAGCAAAACAUUAGAUUCUCCAGAGAAAUUUCUCUCGGUUAAUUAUAUGCAUCUUUACAAUAUGUUAGAACAACAGAAUUUAUUGUUAUCAGAAGCUAAUGAAAUUGGCCAGAUGGAAAAUGACAACCCUAUUCUCAAAGACACAGCAUUCCACUACAAGACAUUAGUAGAGGCCUUUAAUAAAACAUAA